AUUGUCCAAGGCGCGCAUGAAAGGCAGGAGCUGAUUGAUCUUGCUUUUGCGGGCUACGCUAGGCACCAGUUAGAAAAUCAUACACCACUCACUCAGGUUUUAUUUUUCACCACCCAUUAAGUGUAAUUUUUGGUUCGAGAGCACCUGCCCCGGGGAUACAGCGGUACAUCCGUCUCCUCACUGCGGGAUCGAGAGUUGGACUACCCAGCUGCGCAGAAGAGCUCGCGUCAUGGGAUACGAAAAAAUCGCUACCGCUUUUUGCAUGUGCACCUGAGGGUUUUGUGGAUUUGCCAUCCGAUAUUUAAAAGAAAAACUCUUUGAUUUACUCGUUUAUAGAAGAAACUUUUGACACUCACUCGGAAUUAGCUUCUGCCAGGGACUCUAUUACUUUAUUUCAAACACACGGGUUGGAUUUCGGUGAAGAGUCGGCAGGAUGGUCUCAUCCGACUGCUUCAAAUUGGUCGUUAUCAUCUUGUCCUGUUCAUCACUCACAAAUGGACAUUUGAAGAGACAGCAUUCACCUAAGAUUCUGCCCUCUGAGAAUCCCCUCAUUCUUCAUAAGGGUGAUUUGUUAAACCUCACAUGCAGAGGUCAAGGUCUGCUGCACUGGACUCUUGGUGAUCCCCGUCGAUUGAUCUCAUCAGAGGGGGUGAAGGUGGAGCAUUGUGAUUCCAGACGUCACUCUCACUCUCACUCUCACUCACACUGCAGCAGACUGACAAUCACACACUUGAGUGCCAAUGACACAGGAAGGUACAGCUGUAAAUACUCCAAAGAUGGGUCAGACCACAUCACCUCGACCUAUGUCUAUGUUAAAGAUCCCGAGCAACCAUUUGUGGAGCCCCGUCACAACCCUUAUGUCCUGGGCAUCUACAGGCAUGAGACCAGCCUCCUGAUCCCUUGCCGGACGUCUUCUCCUGACACUUUUGUAACACUGACAGGGGUCCCGCCUUUAUCAGAGAACGAAAAGGUAUGGGAUCCAAAGGUGGGAUUCAGGAUUCCCUACGCGCCCCAAACUUCUUAUUAUGUUCUCACCUGUAACACCACGGUCAACGGGCAUGAGUUCAAGUCAGUGUACAUCCCUAGAAGACAGACUCUUGUUCUUAAAAAUGUAAAGAUCACCCCAGAUCGUGUCAGAGUGUUGGUUGGAGACACCCUCAUCCUCAACUGUACUGGUGAGACCACCUAUAAUGGAAGAAUCAACUUCACAUGGCAUUUUCCAAGGAAAUCAAAAAAUCAACAUUAUACGAACAAGACCUUUGACAACUCUGCUAAUGUUUUUGUGAUGAGCAAUGCUUUAGUCCUGCCCAACAUUACCACAGAGGACAAGGGGGUAUACCGCUGCAAAGCUGAGCUUGAACCCACGAUACACAAGAAUGCCUCAGCAAAAGUCCUCGUCUAUGAGCAUCCAUUCCUCAAUGUCUCCUAUAGGUAUGACAGGCCUAGUACAGUGACUGUCAAAGAAGGUAGAAAGAAGCUUGUGUUUGAACCCAAGGUCAAUGCCCUGCCACCAGCAGUCGUGUUAGCAUGGUAUAAGGAUGGGGUCCCUAUAAUGAAGAAUUCCACCUGUUACAAGAUGUCUGCUUUCAACUUGAUCAUCACUGAUGUGCAGCAGAAGCAUGCUGGGGUUUUCACCAUAAGCCUGGGCAACCAAGUGAAGGGCUUGUACAGGAAUCUGAGCUACACUCUGGUAGUCGAGGUGACGCCAACUAUUUCAGAGGCAGAGCUCGCCUCUGUGGAUGUGCAGCCCUACAUGUUUGGCAAGCAGCAUCAGCUAACCUGCACUGCUUAUGGGUUGCCCUUGCCAAACAUCACUUGGCUCUGGCAACCAUGUCAUUCAGACCCUGCGCUUAAAAAUUGCAUUGUUUACACUAAGCCAGUCCCAGUCAACAUUGAUGACAGGGGGAACUCCUCUCACAACUGGAUUAAGAGCAUAAAUGUCAAGCCUGAACUGGUUAAAGGAAAAAACAAGACUGUGAGCACUCUGGUGAUAGGAGAGGCUAGCUCAUCAGGACAGUACUCCUGUGUGGCCCAGAAUGAAGAUGGCAACAGCGCAAUGACGAUCCCUUUCUACGUUGAUGAUCAUUCUGAGGAAUUGACCAUUGAACCUCGGGCAGCCAUUGAGGGGGAUGAUGUCAAUCUGACCUGUCGGGCAGCUCGCUACCUUUACACAGACCUACAGUGGUUGGAUUCCUUGAAUCAAACGAUCACUUCCAACGUGUCUGGUCUCCAGCUCAGCCGCUAUUCCAUUUCUCUUUCUCUCCGUCUGCAUAAUGUGUCCCAGAGAAGCACUGCAGGUUAUAAGUGCCAAGCAUACAAGCUCCACAAGAGGGCUGAACCAAAACCCGCUGCAGUUAUUGUGGCUGCAAGAAAACGCCCCUGGCUGAGUCAAAAUCUGACCAAUCAAGAUGUGAACAGUAGCAGCACCCUGAUGCUGGCUUGCUUGGCUGGAGGAGUUCCUCUUCCCUACAUCAUGUGGUACAAAAAUGGCGUUCCAGUGACAGAAGGCCCAGGUAUCACACUGGGAGUCGACGGGGUUCUGACCAUCGACAGGGUGAAGAAAGACGAUGAGGGUCUGUAUGAGUGUAUAGCCAGCAAUGUUGAGGGUAUCGCGAAAACAAGUGCUGUUGUUACUGUGCUUGGGAAUGAAGGGAAGCCAAAAGUUGAGGUAAUCAUUUUGGUGUGUACGGGAGCGGCAGCCACGUUCCUCUGGCUCAUGCUUAUCCUCUUCAUCCGCAAGCUAAGGAAGCAACCAGCACACUAUAAGAUGGGCCCAUCUAUCAUCAUUGACCCUGACGAGUGUCCCCUUGAGGAGCAAAAUGACCUUCUUCAGUAUGACAGCAGCAAAUGGGAGUUUCCCCGUGACCGCCUGCGACUAGGCAAAACUCUUGGCCACGGAGCUUUUGGAAAAGUUGUGGAGGCUUCUGCCUUUGGGAUUGACAAGCUCUCAACCUGCAAGACUGUUGCUGUCAAAAUGCUAAAAGGAGGCGCUACCUCAAAUGAGCGGAAAGCUCUGAUGUCAGAGUUAAAGAUCCUGAUCCACAUUGGCCAUCACCUGAACGUGGUCAACCUGCUGGGAGCUUGCACAAAGCCUGGAGGCCCAUUGAUGAUGAUAGUGGAGUUCUGCAAAUAUGGCAACUUGUCCACUUAUUUAAGAAGCAAGAGAGAUGACUUUAUCGUCUACAAGAGCCAGGACGGCAAGGUGGUGUCAUCAGGGUCAGGCUGCGAGCUGAGCGAGCUCAUGAAGCGCCGCCUGGAGAGCGUGGCCAGCACCGGAAGCUCAGCCAGCUCUGGCUUCAUCGAAGAUAAGAGCUACUGCGACUCAGAGGAAGAGGAAGAAGAAUCUGAGGAUUUAUAUAAGAGAGUCCUGACAUUGGAAGAUUUAAUUUGCUACAGUUUCCAAGUUGCAAAAGGCAUGGAGUUCUUGGCGUCACGCAAGUGCAUCCAUCGUGAUUUGGCUGCACGGAACAUCCUGCUUUCUGAGAAUAAUGUUGUGAAGAUUUGUGAUUUUGGACUUGCCAGAGACAUCUACAAAGACCCCGAUUAUGUGCGCAAAGGAGAUGCUAGACUGCCUCUAAAGUGGAUGGCACCUGAGGCCAUUUUUGACAAGAUCUACACGACUCAGAGUGACGUUUGGUCAUUUGGUGUUCUCAUGUGGGAGAUCUUCUCCCUGGGUGCCUCCCCGUACCCUGGCGUCCAAAUUGACGAAGAAUUUUGCUGCAGGCUGAAAGAGGGGACCAGGAUGAGAGCGCCAGAAUACUCUUCCUCUGAAAUAUAUCAGACAAUGUUGGACUGCUGGCAGGGGGAGCCACAGCAGCGACCAACCUUCACUGAGCUGGUGGAAAUGCUGGGAGACCUGCUUCAGGCCAGCGUGCAACAGGAGGGGAAGCACUACAUACCCAUUAACACAGCUCUGCUAGCUAAGGUGGGAGACCCCUCCAACAUUGUGCUGUCAGAGGAGAUGCCCACGCGACCCGUGUCCCACCGCGACUCAGGGAGCACCUGGAACAUCAAGAUCCGUCCUGCUAGUGUGAAAACUUUUGACGAGGUUACAAUGGAGAAUGGAACAAAUGACAACCACGAGGGCAGUCAGUCAGACAGUGGGAUGGGACUGUCGUCUGAUAACAUGCAGACUCUGAAGCGCCUCGAAUCACUGGCAGGCCGACCUCUGAGCAUCAUGGCUCUGGCGAUAAAGGCAAUGAGCAAGAGUAAAGAGUCUGUGCUGACUGACACAGAGAAGGAGAGAUUCCCACCCACCGUCUCCUCCCUGGACUUCAGUCUGGACGACUCAGCCCUUGACGCCGGUCUGGAGUGUCAUAGCCCGCCGCCUGACUACAACUAUGUGGUGCGCUACUCCACCCCACCCGUGUAACCUCCUGCUUCGGCCCUGGAGUAUCUGACUGACAGCCUCAAGGCCUUUGCUUUGUUCUCCUCUGUUUUAUCUCUGGACUGUUCUGUAGCCAAGUUUGAGAGGAAAACACAUGACAUUCCCUCUUAUGGUGUUUAGAAGGGACGCUUUGAAAUGAAUCAUGAAUCUUCUCGACUGUAACUUCUGCAUCUUCCACCUUCCAAGGCGUCUGCUGCGCAGCAAAAGGAAACCUGUAGACUGUUGAUAUCUUUCCAGUUUUCAGACAUUAAUGCUGCUGGUCCGUUCCACAUUCACUGUGAUCUAUAAAACAGCUGAAAACAGCCUCAGGUAUUUCUUUCAUCUACUGUGAAAACAAACCACAAUGAUUCCAAUUUUACCACAGAUCUGAAUAAACUACAACCUUUGAUGAUGAAGAGUUACAUCCAGAAAAGAAGAGAGAGAGGAUAGCUGAGUUUAACUUUUAUUUAAAUUUUAUUCAAAAAGUAAUGGAAAUUAAUGGAAAGUUAUAUGAGAAAAGGGUUUUUUGCAAUGUUGCUACAUCCGCUCAUAUAAAGGUUGGCUAAAGUCCAGUUUUGCUCAAAACAAAAAGCAGAUGGACAAUAAUAUAACAUUGAUUAUUAAUUAUGGAAAGUCUCUCAUUUGAGGUAUCAUCGCUCCUGUAAUUCCAUAAAAAUAUCAGCUCACCUAACUCAGGUUGACCUAGAGUGACAGAGUGAGUGCUAGGUGUUUUUUAAGCUCUCCAGGUUACGGAAAACCACAGGUUAAUCGAGGUUAAUGGAGGAAACAGGGUAGAGCUGAGAGUAAAACCAGACAGCUUUAGACUUUACAUUAGAGCUCUACAGUUUCUGUAGAUUCCUCCUUCGACUGAAAAAACCCCUCAAGUUAUUUUUGUUUGGUCAAAUUAAAAAGAAAGUGAGCAGAAAGCCUUGUUGUUGAGCUACAAACAUGAGAUGAGAAUAAGACGUCAUAGGAACAGUUUAUUGAAAAGCACUAGUAAUAUUAAUUGUGUAUUUAUUUAGAUCGUAAACACUGCCCCUUAGUAAUCCACUUCUGUUUGUUCAUUUUAGAUUUGUAUUUAAAAGUUAACCAAAGGAUUUUGCAGCUUGGCCUUCCUGAUAUCAACAUGUAACAUCCUAACAUUUCAAUCCAGAUGUAUAUGCUGUUUGUGCUGCUGCUGUAUUCACUUGUAGUAAAGCUGAGGGAUUGUGCUCCUGUAGAAAUGUGUAUGUGGAUAUUGUGCGUUUCAUGUUAGUGAAGCUUGCAGGGCAGGCUCCAAAAACUCUCCAUGUGUGAAGUUAGCACCAGUCUGCUCUGGUUCACUGUUAUUAAUUUUAUAUGUUAUUUGUUAACAUGUAAAAUUUCCUCAUUUUAAUAGUAUUUAGAGUAUUUUAUUUGUAAUACCAGAUCAAUUGAAAGUACUGUGGACCACACCUUCGUUCACGCUUAUAUUAGUGUACACACACCCUGUAGAAGUGCGGCUACCUUGUCCUUGUUGACCACUAAAGAAAACAGUAUUUGUCAGUGAGUAAACUACAGUAUAAAGUGGAUAUUUUGUGUGUAUUUCCAAAUGUUUUGUUUAUGACCAAUUUGUGUUGUAUGUGGACAUGAAGUGAAUAUGCACUGAUACUUUUUAUCAAGUAUAAUUUUUGUAUUCUAAAAGGUAUAUGAAACAGUGUUGAUGGCAACGUGUUACAAAGAUUUCUGAUUUAGCACAUAGUAGGAAAUUAACAUUUGCAGUAUUUCUUAUAUUAUUUUUUGCCAGCCUAGCAUCCUAGUGCCUCGGUUCUUCUAGAACCUAGCAUUUUCUUAUAAUUCUGUCUUCAUUUUAGUUACUGCUAUCACAAUAGCAUAACAAGGUUUCAAUCUGAACGCCAAGAGAAAUGUAUUUGGAUUUUCUUUUUUCUUCAUACAUGAACAUGACUAGUAAGACCUGCAGUAGCUUUAACUAUCCUAGCUUUUUUUCUGUUUUGUUCAGUGUAACAAGUUAAUUCUGAUGAAAGUAAUGUUCCCCAGCACUGUUAACUGAGCAUAUGAAGUAAAUAAAUGAAUAAAGAUCUAUAUAUUUAUACAUUA